CCACAAUGGAUCAAAUUUCCUGUGCAAGCUAAUGAGAUUGAGAUAAUCCAGCAACAAUUCUGGAUUAAUACCAAUUUCCCAGGUGUAAUAGGAGCCGUUGAUGGAACACACAUAGCAAUUUGGCCACCUGUUAAAAGAAGAGAACAUUUAUAUAUAAAUAGAAAAUUAUACCAUUCGUUAAAUGUCAUGAUAGUUAGUGAUUAUAAUGGCAGAAUAUUAGCAGUAGUGGCGAAUCAUGGAGGUCGGACACACGAUGCCAGAGUAUGGAGUUCGUCUCGGUUAUCAAGACACAUGUUAAACCAGUAUGAAAAUGGAAGAAGAAAUUUAUGGUUGUUAGGAGAUUCUGGCUAUCCAUUGUUACCAUAUUUAAUGACUCCAAAAUUAAAUCAACCACCAAGGUCUUCCAGGUGCGUUAUACACAGAUGCUCAUGCUACAGCACGAUGUUGCGUGGAGAAAACAAUAGGAGUAUUGAAAGGGCGUUGGAGAUGCUUACGUAAAGAAAGAGGUUUACAUUAUUCUCCAGAAUUUGCAGCACUUAUAGUAAAUGCGGCUUGUGUACUGCAUAAUAUUGCCAAACAUUAUAACAUUGCAGAUGGUGAAAUAUAUAGAGAAGAGAUUGAAGAGGAUGAUAUUGAAGUAGAAGACAAUAUCUAUGGAAAUAUGCGUGUAAGAGGAAAUAUAGUGCGAGAAACAAUAAUUCAAAGAUAUUUUGCAUAAAAAACUUAAUUUUAUUUUAUAUUUUAUGUAUUACAUAAAGAAAUACUCAUGUAUUACAGA